AUGACCACCACCACCACCUUCAAGGGCGUCGACCCCAACAGCAGAAACAGCUCCCGGGUUUUGCGGCCUCCCGGCGGUGCCAAGUCUAGUGGGGGCAGGGAAGAUUCUGAGUCAUCUGGACCCCAGAGAAGGAAUUCUUCUGAAGCGAACUCUGGAGACUUCUUAGAUCUGAAGGGAGAAGGUGACAUUCAUGAAAACGUGGACACAGACUUGCAGGCCAGCCUGGGGCAGAGCGAGGAGACGCCUCUGCCUGCCGCCCCUGUACCCAGCCCAGUGGCGCCGGCGCCUGUGCCAUCCCGGAGGAACCCCCCUGGCGGCAAGUCCAGCCUCGUCCUGGGUUAG